GUUAUUUGGAUGGGGGUGUAGGGUGUGGCUGGGGGAGGUUUUACAGGCUCCACCCUUUGCAGAGAUUUUAAAUAGACAUUACUCCAGCCUCAGCUAGAGAAUCUUCCUCUAAUGGUUAUAGUGAAUACUGAUCGCUGAAGACCUCAAGAAAACUUGCUGCUCAGAAGGACAUUUUGAAGGUUUUGUUGGCUGGAAAAGGUGUCACUGGAACCCUACCCCUAGAUCUUUCUUAAAGACUUGAAAAGAAUUAAAUUAGAACCAUGGGGACACAGAAGGUGACCCCAUCUCUGAUCUUUGCCAUCUCUGUUGCUACAAUUGGCUCUUUCCAGUUUGGCUACAACACUGGAGUCAUCAAUGCUCCCGAGACGAUCAUAAAGGACUUUAUCAACUACACGUUAGAAGAGAAGUUAGAAGACCUUCCCACUGUGGGGUUGAUCACGGCCCUCUGGUCCUUGUCUGUGGCCAUUUUCUCUGUUGGUGGCAUGAUUGGCUCCUUCUCUGUUGGACUCUUUGUGAACCGCUUUGGCAGGCGCAAUUCCAUGCUUAUGGUGAACCUAUUGGCCAUUGCUGGUGCCUGCCUUAUGGGGUUCUGCAAGAUAGCUGAGUCGGUUGAAAUGCUGAUCCUGGGCCGCCUGAUCAUUGGCAUCUUCUGCGGGCUCUGCACGGGUUUUGUGCCCAUGUACAUUGGAGAGGUGUCGCCCACUGCUCUGCGGGGGGCCUUCGGCACUCUAAACCAACUGGGCAUUGUUGUCGGCAUUCUGGUGGCUCAGAUCUUUGGUCUGGACAUCCUUUUGGGGUCUGACGAACUGUGGCCUCUACUUCUGGGUUUUACCAUCAUUCCAGCUAUCCUGCAAAGUGUAGCCCUUCCAUUUUGCCCUGAAAGUCCUCGGUUCUUGCUCAUUAACAAAAAUGAAGAAGAGCGUACCAAGGAGGUCCUGCAGCGUCUGUGGGGCAGCCCAGAUGUGACCGAGGACAUCCAGGAGAUGAAAGAAGAGAGUAUUAGGAUGUCACAGGAAAAGCAAGUCACCGUGCUAGAGCUCUUCAGGUCACCCAGCUACCAACAGCCCAUCCUCAUUUCCAUCGUGCUCCAGCUCUCACAGCAGCUCUCUGGGAUCAAUGCUGUGUUCUAUUACUCAACAGGAAUCUUCAAGGAUGCAGGAGUCCAGGAGCCAAUCUAUGCCACCAUCGGAGCAGGCGUGGUUAAUACUAUCUUCACUAUAGUUUCUGUAUUUCUGGUGGAAAGAGCAGGAAGAAGGACCCUGCAUAUGAUAGGGCUUGGAGGCAUGGCUUUCUGUUCCAUUCUCAUGACUGUUUCAUUGUUACUGAAGGAUGACUAUGAAGCCAUGAGCUUUGUCUGCAUUGCUGCUAUCUUGAUCUAUGUGGCAUUCUUUGAGAUUGGACCAGGCCCCAUUCCCUGGUUUAUUGUGACCGAACUCUUUAGCCAGGGACCCCGCCCGACAGCCAUGGCAGUGGCUGGCUGUUCCAACUGGACCUCCAACUUUUUGGUUGGACUGCUCUUCCCCUCGGCUGCAUCCUACUUAGGAGCCUACGUCUUCAUCAUCUUUGCUGCUUUCCUUGUCAUCUUCUUGGUCUUCACCUUCUUCAAAGUCCCUGAGACCCGAGGCAGGACUUUUGAUGACAUCACCCGGGCCUUUGAAGGGCAGGCACAGGAGGCCAGUAGAUCUGGGAAAGGCCCUGGAGAGAUAAACAGCGGUCAACCUGCAAAGGAGGCCACCACCAAUGUCUGAGGUAGACCUCCUUCCACCUCCCUCCCAACAUGGAAAGCAACCUCUCCCUGAAGAGGGGGAGACUUCAUCAGGAUGAAACCAGGACUGCUGAAUGCUGCUACUUGAUUCCUUUCUCAUCCCACACACUUCACGAACACUCAGAUGAACCCAGUGCUGGGGUAGUCAGCUCUUCAAUGGCUUCUUAAGUAUUUCAUUUCUUGGACAUUCUCUUCUGUUCAGGAGAGACCAACUGAACCUACCUUCAUUUCAGGAGGGAUUGGCUGCAUGGCAUGACAACUUUGCCAGCUCUUCUGCCCUCAGGUUCUGUGUUUGCCUCACUAGGGCACAUAGGGGAGUAGGUGCAGUCCCCACCUCAGCUUACCAGCAAGCAGAUAUUCAGAGGCGAGGCCCACAGGGAAUUACACAGGGCCCUUUCCUCACUUCAUACAGCUCUGCACAGCAAAGUAACUUGAGUUUUAUUUAUUUUACUUUCUGGUUUUAUUGCAUAUUUAUUUUUUUAAGUAUAAAAUAAUUUUACCAAAUAAUGAAAACCAUAAGGAAAUUGAUGUUAGAGGGAGGUGUCUAGAGAGGUCAUAGGGUAAUGUUUUGGUACUAGAGAGUUGUUAAGUAAGGUGCAACAGAAAGGGAAGAAUUGGAGUGAAAUGUCAGUCGUCCUGGAGGGGUGUGGAUGUAGGUUUGCACGAUGUGUCUUAACAAUUUCUGUACUGCACAUAGAAACUCUUCGGUUUAGUUUCUCAGAAGAGUCAUUGCCUGUAUAAAAAAAAGCUACUGGUUUCCUUUGGAACUUUUCUUUAUAGUUUAUACAUAGUAUUACUUGAAAUCUAGGAUCGUUACUAAGAUGGGCAUUGUAGUUAACAGUGGUUGAUAGACUUUCAUUUUGGAUGGAGUCCAAGAAGGGAAGGUUAUUUGUAGAAAAUCUCCCCACUUCCCUGCACCAAACAACUCCUUCUCCUUGUAGUGGACUCACUUUUUUUUUUUUAAAGUGAUCCCACCCAUCUGGUGGGAGAGCCCUCCAAAUGAGAAAUCUAAAAAAGUGGUACUUGGUAGAGGCUUGGAAUUUCUUCAUUUUGUUCUUUAAGAGAUUUUACGUGUUGACUUUUAUUUUAUUUUAACUUGUAGCUUUAAGGGGAUUCUGAGAAGAAUGUUCGCAGCUAACUUGGAAUUUGUAAUCUCAGCUCUGGGAGAGGAUCUCUCCUGAACGAUUAUUGCCUAGUUUAAGUGUGCUGUUGCUCUCGGGUCAUGGCAUGCUUAUCUGUCUGUCCCUGUGUCAAGUUAGCCUUGUCACCAUGUUACUGUGAUGCUAUUCCAAGUCUCUUUAGGGGCCUUGACUCUUUUCUGAUACACACGUUUGAGAUAGUAUGAGUAAAGGUGCAGUGUAGCCCACACAUGAGAAUUUGAAUGUAUGUGCAUUGUCACUUUGCUCUGGGUGAAAGUAGUUUAUUGGUGACUGGUUUCCUUUGUUCCUAUAGUCUUCCUUUUGAAUAGAAUGUAUUAAAAGUCAUCCCUGUGUAUAUAAGUAACACUGCCUCUGCUGGGUGGAGUUUACACCCAGACUUUAGAUUCUGACUCAUCUGGCUACCUUUCCCUGUGGGUAGGAGCUGCCUACAUCAUGGGGUUGAGGGUGGAGGGCUCAACCUCACUCAGAUGGGAGCGACAUAAGAAAGUGCAAGGUCAGGGCAUGUGGCUCUUUGGAAACCCUGUUGUAGGGAGACAGAGGCUUUUGUUGAAGGGGAUAAGAAACACAUGAAGACUUUCUUCUAACUGGAGCAUUUGAGAGGUUAGAGGAGAUGACAAGACUCCUGCUGCAGGUCACAGACACCUCCACACUUAUCUCUUCAUUCCCUGUCCUUUGUAAAUGGAGAUUGGACCCUUAAGACACUCUCUCCUCCCCUCGCUUUUUUGUAGGUUGCCUGAUCUCCCUAUUCCUCCUUGGUGCUUACACAUUUCAGACACUUUAGCCAAGCCCUGGCAUACAACAGUAUUUUAGUCUUCAGUUCUCACCAUCUCUCUGGUUGUUGAGCCUUUGAUAAAAACUCACAUAGCUAUAGAGGGGGCUUUGCUGGAAGGUGACUUUUUUCUAACAACUCUUGUGGCUCCUCGGUGAGUUGACAGUAAUGCAAGGUGAAAUUUUUCCCAUUUCUCAGUGACCAGAUUGUGAAUAUCUGCAUAUGGGUUUUCUAUUAAUGUUACUGUGGUUCUUUGUUUUGAAAUAAAAAUUCUGAAUGUACAUAUGA